GUAAUGCACAGGCAGGUAAAUAACACGCUGGCACUAUAAAUAUGCUCGUAAAUCUGCACUCAUUAAGUCAGUUGGAAACUUUUAAAAUCAUACCUAUCGUUCAACAAGUCAGUAUCUAAGAUUAUAACAUUACAAAGCAUGAUUUCCUCUAAAUUUGCGUUGAUCUUCAUCCUCCUUAACGUUUUGACCCUGUUUGGCUUAACCGGAGUGACCGAGGCUGUCUUGCUUUCGGGAUGGAUCUUUCCCAACCCGGCCGAAGUCGUGCUAAUCGGAAUGUUCUUUCUCGGCGUUAUUGGAGUUCAAAUUGCUGCCCAUACAGGAAUUUUAAUGCCUCCGCACAACCCAUUCUUUGGGAAACGUAGCAUUUCAUCGCCACCAAAAUGGUUUGAAAGAGGACCACAACCGAGUAGAAUGAUUACGAUCCAAGAGUUCAGAACGAUUGAGAGAGGGCUAAAGAGCCUGAGACGAAUCGAUCGGAACGACUGCUUUAUAAAAUUAGUUUGUGAAAUGAACCAAGAUCUCGUCACAGGGAAGGAGACGAGUAACUCUAGAACAGCCCAACUUCUCAAAGUUUUUAGGUUACGGGAAUUUAUGCGUCCUCAGCCCGCACAUAAAUCAGAAACCAUUUGGGACAUUUACGAACAAGCUACAAAACCAGAACUGAUGAACUGCUCCAAAAAGUACAAGUCUUGCCCAUUGUCGCAUAAACAAUUACAAUAUGAAGCAAAAGUGGGGGAAUCUUUUUAGUUAUACAAAACGAGAUUUAAUUUCUAUUCAUAUUAUAAAAGAACAAUCUUAUAAUCAUUGUUAGUACGAGCUAAUGAAGACAGUAAAAUGAAUAAUACAUGAAACUUGAGAUUA